AUGGUCGUGCCUCCAAGCAGCGGAGGGGCUGCUGCUGCCUCUUCAGCAAAUCGCCCGACAUAUACCACUAGCAAUGUCGCUUCAACAAAGCCCAAGUCUGUCGCUCAUACACCGAGUGCAGCCGUCAACAAUGCACCUAUGCCGCUCAGCGCAAGACGCUCAGAACCUCUGGACUUGACCACCGUGGAGCGUCGAGGACAACCAAAUGCUGCGCCGGAGAUUACCAAAAGGAACAGACUACACGGCAUCCCUGAGGGCCCUACUUUCCGACCUACCGAAGAAGAGUUUCGCGACCCUAUGGCUUAUAUGCGCAAGAUUGAACCUGAAGGUCGCAAAUAUGGAAUCGCAAAGAUCAUUCCUCCCGAAGGCUGGCAGAUGCCCUUCGCCAUCGAUACAUCUCGAUUUCACUUUCGUGUGCGACGCCAGGAAUUAAACUCCGUCGAAGGCGGUACUCGCGCAAAUCUCAAUUACCUGGAUCAGCUGUCCAAAUUCCACAGGCAACACGGCACUAACCUCAACCGGUUCCCCAGUGUGGAUAAACGACCCCUUGACCUCUACAAACUCAAAAAGGCGGUCGAAGCCAGAGGGGGUUUCGAUCGAGUGUGCAAAUUGAAGAAAUGGGCUGAGAUUGGUCGUGAUCUUGGAUACAGUGGAAAAAUCAUGUCCAGUCUUUCGACUUCUCUCAAGAAUUCUUACCAGAAAUGGCUACAACCAUACGAGGAUUACCUGCGAGUCGCAAAACCAGGUGUUCAACAUCAACUCGAACUAGAAAACGGCGGCCCUUUCACCCCCUCUCCGGGUACUUCGCCUCUUAAGAAGUCGCAGAACAAUACCCCGAAUGGUGACAAUACUCCAGCAAUGCGCGCAUCGGCUGCAUUGAAUGCUUCUCUGGACGCUGGAAUGCCUGCAGCUCAGCAAACGCCAGUCAAGCCGACUCCACCGGCUCCGGCUCCAGCUCCUGUCCAAGGCUUUACUCCUGUGAAUGGAGGCUUCACUUCAGUCAACCGUCCUUCAGGCUUUACCCCCGUGAAUGGGCCUAACGGAAUCCACGCGACCCCAGAGAACCCGCGAUCAGUACCGAGAUCGACCAUGGAUAGUCCGCAAUUGCAAGAAAGCAACACACCAACUCUCGAACCCAGCAACUCUGCAAAACGGCCCUUGACUGACAGCGCGGAGAAGGACGCGAACGGGGACCUGGACGCGUCUGGACGACGUAGCAAGAGAUUGAAGAGAGAGCCAGCGCCGAUGGUAGCAGGCUCGCACAUGCACCAACCCAGGACUUCGACACCGAGGUUUGUUCCAGCACGAGAACGCAGCAACUUCCCUCCUGGCGAAGCAUGUGAAACUUGCGCAAAGCCAGAAGACCCAGGUUUGCUUCUGAUCUGCGAUAGCUGCGAUUGUGGUUAUCAUGGCGCAUGUCUCGAACCUCCUGUCAAGAUGCAGCAACCGGAACACGAUUGGCACUGCCCCCGCUGUCUGGUGGGAACUGGAGAAUUUGGAUUUGAAGAAGGUGAGGUUUAUUCGCUUCGAGCGUUCCAGGAAAGAGCAAACAGAUUCAAGGAGAACCACUUCGCCGAUAAAAUGCCCUUUGAUCCCAUUUUGAACAAAAGAAGGCCAGUCAACGAAGAUGAUGUUGAGCGCGAGUUCUGGAGACUUGUCGAGAACAUCACCGAAACAGUCGAAGUUGAAUAUGGUGCUGAUAUCCAUUCGACAACCCACGGAAGUGGCUUCCCCACAAUUGAAAAGCAGCCUCGCGACCCUUAUUCGACAGAUCCCUGGAAUUUGAAUGUCCUCCCACUCUAUGGCGAGUCACUGUUUAAGCACAUCAAGACGGAUAUUUCUGGAAUGACAGUGCCAUGGCUCUACGUCGGUAUGGUGUUCUCCACUUUCUGCUGGCAUAACGAGGAUCACUACGCUUACUCUGCCAACUACCAACAUUUCGGAGCGACCAAAACAUGGUAUGGCGUUCCUGGAGAAGAUGCUGAGAAGUUCGAAAACGCAAUGCGCGAAGCUGUGCCGGAACUCUUCGAGACGCAACCGGAUCUUCUGUUCCAAUUGGUGACAUUGAUGCCGCCAGAGAAGCUGAAAAAAGCUGGAGUCCGAGUCUAUGCUAUCGACCAACGUGCAGGUCAGAUGGUCGUAACAUUCCCUCAAGCGUACCACGCUGGAUUCAACCACGGUUUCAAUCUCAACGAAGCUGUCAACUUCGCACCUGUUGACUGGGAACCUUUUGGUGAAAGUGGUGUCCAAAGGCUCCGUGACUAUCGGCGCCAACCAUGUUUCUCCCACGACGAGCUCCUGCUGACAGCUGCUGCCCGCGACCAAUCAAUCAACACUGCAAAAUGGCUUGCUCCAGCUCUGGAACGAUCGCUUGAGAAGGAGAUGAACGCGCGCAAGCACUUCCUUGAGAAGCCUGAUAACACCGAACCAACAGACGACACUUACCAAGGUGAGAGAUACACCGACAAGCCCGAAAUCUUUACAGAGGAUAUGGACGAGGACGAAUAUGUCUGCAGUUUCUGCAAGUGUUACAGCUUCCUUUCACGAUACGUGUGCAAGAAAUCGGGUAAAGUCAUGUGUUUGCUUCAUGCUGGCGCAUAUGAAUGCUGCGAUUCGAAAGAAUCCGAUCGUUACGCCAGUCCUGCUCAUGACCACGUCCUCUCUCUUCGCAUGACGGACAAGGAGCUUAAGUCAAUGGUGCAAAAGGUCGUUGACCGAGCUAAGCUCCCUGAAGCUUGGGCACAAAAGGUCGACGACUACCUUAGCCAGGAACCUCGUCCGUCGCUGAAAAUCUUGCGUUCACUGCUCAACGAAGGUGAGCGUAUCCCCUUCGACAUUCCGCAGCUCGCAGACCUGAAGCGCUACGUUGAGCGCUGCAAUGACUGGGUGGAAGAGGCUACCAUCUACAUUACUCGUAAGCAGCAGAACAGAGCUAAGGGAAAGUCUUCCCGCAAGAAGUCCACGGUUGCUGAAUCGGACGAGCGUGACAAGGAGCUUCGGAACUUCGAGAACAUGCAAAAAUUGCUCGCUGCCGCUGACGAGAUUCACUUCGAUUGUCCAGAGUACAAGACUCUGCGCGAAAGAGAAGCCGACAUCAACGACUUCAAAGCAAAGGCGGUCGCUAUUUGCAUGGGUCAACAACACCAUCCACGCUCUACUCAAGAAAUCGAGGAAGUGUUCGAAGUUGGCAAAGGUCUCAACAUUGAUCUACCUGAACUCGAAAACCUUGAAAAGCUACUGAAUCACGUCAAAUGGCUUGACGAAGCUCACACUCGUUCAGUCCAUCUUUUAACUCUUCAGGACGUUGACGCUUUCAUCAACCGCGGUUUGGAGAUUGGCAUUCCUGAGACAAAUCCACAUAUACUUCGCCUGAGAGAUGCAAAGACACAGGGUGAGUAUUGGGAAGCCAAGGCUAAAGAGAUCAUGAGUGUCGAAAACGUACAUUAUCAGCAAUUGGACGCUCUCUCAAAGCAAGCAGCUGGUCUGCCUGUCACUCCAGAGACGCUUGCAAGGGUCGACGCUAUUCUCAAGAAACAGCGCGAAGCUCAAGAAAAGAUUCUUGCCCUCUACCAACAGAGCAAGAAUCCUGACUUCAGAUCGCGACCGAUGUACAAGGACGUCAGAGAUGUGAUGGCGUCUCUCGAAGAGUUGAAUAACAAGCCUGCUGGCACUGUUGACCUUGAGAAAGAGCAACGUCGUCACGAAGAUUGGAUGCGCCGUGGUAAGAAGUUGUUCGGUAAAGCCAAUGCGCCGCUACACAUUUUGCAUCAGCACAUGAAUUUGGUCAAAGAGAGAAACGAUGCAUGUUUCGAGCUUCGUGAUAAGCCGAGAAUGCCGGUCGAGCCUUCUUCUAGAGAACACACGCCGGAGCUGGACACCAAGAACAAUUUCCCGGACGUCUUCUGUCUCUGCCGUAGACCUGAAGCUGGUAUGAUGAUCGAGUGCGAGCUGUGUCAUGAAUGGUACCACGGAAAAUGUCUCAAAAUCGCACGCGGCAAGGUCAAGGAAGACGACAAGUACACUUGCCCUAUCUGUGACUGGCGCUUGAAGAUCCCUCGCGAUGCUGCGCGCCCCAAGCUCGAGGAGCUCAUUGCCUGGCAAGACGAGCUGGAAACCCUUCCUUUCCAGCCCGAGGAAGAAGAGACCCUCACAAGCAUAAUCGAGACGGCUCAAGCCUUCAGAGACUACAUCCGUCCAUAUGUCAACCCCUUGACAGUUUCCCCAGACGAGGUUACUACGCUCCGCUUCUACCUCCGAAAGGUCGAGGGUGCCGAUAUCCUUCUUGCCUACGAGACCAACUUCCUGCGUCAAGAACUACACAAGUCAGCCCCCGUAGCUCCAGAAGCUCCGCCAGUCAUUGACUCCUCUGCAUCCACCCGCAAGCCUCGUCCUACAAAGCAGCAAAAGCUCAUGGCAUCGUUGGGGAUCACUAAUCCUGAUGAUCUUCCUCCUCAAUACAAAAUCAAGCCUCACAAGCGCAAGGGGAGUGAAGCACACCACAAACCACCUCAGCCACUCCAACCCGCUGGUUCUCCAGCAGCUCAUACCCCGUCCAGCAUGUCUACUGCAACACCCGGUCCCCCUAGCAGUCGGCCGGGCUAUCCUCAACAGCAGACUCCUUCGUUCAGUUAUCCCUCAUCUCAACCCCAAUCUAUGGUCAAUUCAGGUUAUCGUGAUUCGCCGCUGUUCGCACCGCCAUCGUUUGGCUUGCCACCACUUCGUACUCCGGACGAAUCUUCGAACACUGUUAAUCCUGCACAAUUCGCUUCAAACAACUACGCAUCUCACACGUCUCCACCACCGCCACCAAACUUUGCGGUGCCGCGAUCACCACCUCAGCACCCUCCCAUGUUCAGCACAGGAAUGAAUCUCGAUCCUGCACUGUUCACAGCUGGUGGAGCCAUGUUUGACAAGCGACCUAGCUCAUCUGGCAGCCCUAGGUUGGCGCACACUGAGGCAAGCCCGUCUUUCAGCAGUCCACAGGCUAGCAACACGAAUGCCAAUCUCGACUCAAUCUUCGCGGAUAUGGUUCACAACGACGAAGACCAUGCCACGUUGGGCCAUGAAGGAGAGAAUCAACUUGCCGGCGAAGCAUUCGCCGCUGGUGGACACGACCAAGACCAUGCAGACGACACGCACAUGGACGAUUUUGUGAACAAUGAGUAG